AUGGUGAGGGGGCAACCGUAUGCUGCCGCAGCAGGCCGCAAUGGCAAGAAUGGCAAGGCGACGCCGCCAUUUCCCACUAAGCAGAUGUUUGUAUUAGACUUCCAUGUCACAGAUGAUGCUAGCAAAAUCUCGGUCUACGCGGGAAUGGUCACCUCGGCUUUCACUUUGGCCGAGUUUGCGACUGGAGUCUUAUGGGGCAGGUUGAGUGAUAAGAUCGGACGGAAGCCUGUCUUGCUGCUUGGCCUGUUAGGGACAGCUCUCAGCGUCUUGGUUUUCGGAUUCGCGCCAAACUUGCCCGUGGCUCUCUUCGCUCGAGCACUUGGUGGCCUUCUAAAUGGGAAUAUCGGUGUGUUGCAAACAACAGUUGCAGAGCUCGUGACAGUCAAGGAACAGCAACCUCGGGCCUAUACCAUAAUGCCAAUGGUCUGGUGUAUCGGCUCAAUCAUCGGUCCAAUGAUUGGUGGUGCUCUUGCCCGACCUUGCAUCAGCUACCCGGACACUUUCCCUCCAGGCACCAUUUGGGAUCGCUAUCCGUACCUGCUUCCUAAUCUUUUCAGCGCCGCCACCGUCUUCGUGGGUGUUAUCAUCGGCUUCUUAUUUUUGGAGGAGACGCAUACGGCAAAGAAGCAGCAACGAGACGCUGGUCGCGAGCUAGGUGACCGACUUGUUGAUUUGGUUGCCAAAGUCCCCCUUUGCGGAAGACUAGGCCGGCCUGCCGAGAAGAAAAGUCUCUUGGUAAACAAUGGUGUGAUGGGAUACAACACCACAACCACCGGCAGCUCCGGCUUAUCAGAUGCGGACGAACCCUUGCCAGUAUACCAGAGCAGAGAGUGUUCCCCAAAUUUGGCACCUCAAUCGGACGCAGACCCCGAGGCUGCCUCUGACUCUGGACGGAGAGAAUUGGAAAAUAGGCCAUUGGUUAUAUUUACUAAGCCGGUCAUCAUGAACAUCAUGUCCUAUGGCAUUCUCGCAUUCCACACAAUGACUUUCGAUCAGCUCUUUCCAGUUUUUCUGAGCACAGAGUCUCCGAUAAAUGGGCCAACGGUUGAGCUUCCCUUCAAGUUUGUCAAUGGUUUUGGCCUCGAUACCAAGACUAUAGGCGUCAUUAUGUCGGUUCAAGGACUAUAUUCGCUUUUUUCGAACUACAUGAUUGUAGCCCCAGUUACGACUCGGCUUGGAUCCCUUCGUCUAUUCCGAAUGUUGGCCUUUUCAUACUUCGCCUUAUACCUCGUUACACCAUAUUUAGUGUUGCUUCCCCAAAACCUCAGGAUGCCAGCCAUCUAUACCUUGGUCAUCUGGAAGUGCACGUAUGCAACCAUGGCGUACCCGAACAACGCAAUUCUGCUGGCAAACUCGGCUCCAACGAAAGAGGUUCUAGGUACUAUCAAUGGCAUCGCAGCCUCUACUGCCAGCCUGUGCAGAGCACUCGGCCCAACCGUCUCCGGUUUCUUGUAUGCCGCUGGAUUGCACACUGGCUACUCUGGUUUGGCCUGGUGGUUCAGCGGGGUGGUGACUUUGGUUGGAGCUUAUCUGAGUUCGCAAAUUUCCGAAAAUGGAUCGCAGGCCGGAGAAGUAGGAAUUGACGAUCCUCUUCUGGACGAACGAUUGCUCGAUGAUUACGAUGACAACGACGUUGUCUGA